AUGUCCUUCUCCCUGUUUGGCGGCCGCCCGCAGCCCUCGUCGGAGCAGAAAAUCGCUGCCGCCGAGACUGAGAUCGAGAUGGUUUCCGACAUGUUCAACCGUCUCGUGUCCAGCUGCACUAAAAAGUGCAUUCCGACGACGUACCGCGAAGCCGAGCUCGACAAGGGCGAGUCCGUCUGCCUUGACCGCUGCGUCAGCAAGUUCUUCGACGUCCACACCAAGGUCAGCGAGAAAAUGCAGGGCGAGGCCGCCGCUAGGCAAGGUGGUGCCGGCGGCAUGUUCGGCAUGUAA